AUGGAAAGCACCGAGAACGUGGAAGAAUCCAAGGAGGAACGCAAAAGCCGAAGUGCUUCGCGUGGUUCAAGCAAGCGGAAACGAAGUCACAGCAAGCGCAGGCGGAAGAGCCGAAGCCGAGGUCGCGGACGGAGGAGUCGAAGCCGGAAGCGCAGCUCGAAGCGGAAGGAGAGUAGCCGCCGCAAACGCAGUCGCAGGCGCUCCAGUAGCUCAGAUCGAAGCCGCCGAAAGGACCGAAGGCGAAAGCGGAGCCGGAGUAGCAGCAGUCGGCGUGACAAAAAAAACAAGGAGAAAGCACGGAAGAAGAAGUCUAAGUCCAGUAGCUCCAGCAGCAGCUCCAGUGCGGAGGUGAAGAAAAAGAAGGAUGACAGCGAGGACAGCGGAGCGAAAGCUGAGAAAGCUCCUGCCGAAGGGAGCCAAGUGGAGGUGAAGGAGGCCGCACCUGCAGCUCCAGAUGGGAGGCAGCAGCGGAGAAAGGAGUUGGAACAGGCUGUGAACGAAGCAGAACUGGCCACCCAGCAGGUCCUGGGAGAAGUGGAGGAAGCUGCUGCGGAAGCAACGUCCCGAAAGGAGGAGUCGGACAAGGCAGAGAAGAUCUCGUCUGCAAAGUCCCAGGAGGCGAAAGAGCUGGAAGAAAAGGCUCAAGCAAAGGAAGAAGAGUCGAAACGUCUCGCGAAGGAGGCCGCCAAGGCCAAGACGAAGGCGUCCAAGGCCUCCGAAGAGGCCCUGAAGGCGCGCGAUGAUGCGGAGGUGAAGGAUUCGGAGUACCAGGAAGCCGCCUCGGCGCAUCGCAUGAAGUUGCGGGACGCAGAGAAGGCCAAGAAAAACUUGGAGGCUGCACGGCAGGCCUUGUCAUCCUUUGACCAGGGAAAGAGUGGCCGGGCGAAAGGUGAAGCAAAAGGAGAUGAUGGAGGAGAAGGACAGUGA